CAUACAAAUAAAAGAGAACAUCAAUACGAAUGACUAUUUUAAAGGCGAAGAAAUUUACUGUGCAUGAAAAGACGGGGGUUACAUCUCAAUAGCAGUCUGUACAAGCACCUAGCGUUAAGAAUUGUAGUUUUUUGAAUCUGCGAACGAGUGUAGUAAGUUAGUUUUCUUGAAAGACGUCUGCGGUGAAGCAUGGCGAUUUCAAUAGCCGUUCUGGAUUGUGAUCUACUGUUGCAUGGCCGGGGCCACAAGACCUUGGACCGUUUCAACCUGUGCUCGGUGUCUGACGACUUCCUCCUCAUACAAUUCGGCUUCCCCAGAGACUUCAUCCAGUAUUUGGUGGAGCUGCUCAGAGAGUCCCUCUGUAGACGCACACAGAGGUCCAGAGCCAUCAGUCCUGAGGUCCAGGUACUGGCCGCAUUGGGCUUCUACACAUCUGGCUCUUUUCAGACAUCAAUGGGAGAUACCAUCGGAAUCAGCCAGGCAUCCAUGUCGAGAUGUGUGUCCAAUGUGACCAAAGCUCUGGUUGAGAAAGCUCCCCAGUUCAUCACACUGAACAGAGAUGCUGCCAUCAGAGAGCAGACUUUCCAGGAGUUCCAGAGGGUGGCGGGAUUGACUGGAGUCCUGGGAGUGCUGGACUGCGUUCAGGUCUCCAUUAAAGCUCCCAACAGCGAAGACUCGUCCUACGUGAACAAGAAGGGUUUUCACUCUGUUGGCUGUCAGCUAGUUUGUGAUGCCAGGGGCUUGCUACUCAGCGCAGAAACCCACUGGCCUGGCGGCCUUAAGAGUGUGGAAGUUUUGGAGAGAUCUGACCUUUUCAAACAUCUGCAGGGAACUCAGGAGGGCUAUUUGCUGGGCGAUAGCCGUUAUCCCCUAAAAAAGUGGUUGAUGACCCCCGUGGUGUGCCCGCAAUCCCCUGCAGAGUUUGAAUAUAACCUUGCUCACACGGCCACGCAUGAGAUAGUGGAUCGAACGUUCAGAGCCAUCCAGACCAGAUUCAGAUGUUUAGAUGGCACCAAAGGAUACUUGCAGUACUCACCAGAGAGGAGUUCGUCCAUUGUGUUGGCCUGUUGUGUUCUCCACAACGCCUCCCUGCAGUCAGGAUUGGACGCUUGGACUCUGGAGAGGACAGACCCUCUGGAGCAGCCCGAAAUUCUGGAGCAAAGACCUGAGGACCGUGACAUCCAGGCGGAGGAACUGCGCAAACAGCUCAUCCUCAAGCACUUCAGCUAAUGUGUGCUUGGCGCUCACAUUGGACGGACACAGAAGCAAGCAACUCCACAGACACGGCGAUGCUGAUGCAGAUUUUUAAUAUUUUGCUGGUUUCUACUCUACUGACUACACUACGAUAACAUGGGAAUAUACGGAGGAACAUGCAAGGUUCUGUACAACAAACAAUAACAACAAUCCUCUGUGGAAAUUGCUUGAUUUGAUUUUCUCCUCAAGCAUUUGUGAGCCAGAUGUCCAGACAGUUUAGCUUCAUUGUUGUCCACGUUUGGGAAAAAGUGACCCAACCCCUCCAUCAAUCUUCCUAACCCAUUAAAAAACACAGAUGGCUUUGCAACAUGUCUCCAGCGGUUGGGCUCAUAUUUACAAGAGCACACAAUAUACUGUGUGUACACUGACGUAUGACAUGUUGUGAGUAGACCAAACCAUACACAAAACAGUGUGACAGGUCUGUUGAAUGUCGUCUUUUGGGACCAGAGUGCACUGCAAUGUGUACAUUUCAUUCUCAAAUGAUGAGUAGUGGUGGAGAACAUUUUUAUCUCAGGUUCUUUUAAGGAUGGUAGUGGUUUUUCACAUCCAGGAAUGUAAUUCAGCAAUAAACACUUUCUACAAAUACAAAUAAAUACAAGACACACUACUGUCGCACAGACAUAAUUUGUAAUACCGCAAUCCAGUUCGAUUGUGGUAAUCGGGGGCAAUUCCUGUUGAAUAUUUUGCAAACAUGUCAAUGUUUCUUUCAUUUUAAGGGGGGAAAAUGGCAUUUUGGUGCAAUAGCAGUGAAACGUAAAACAGAAUUACUGUACAGUACAGCAACCCCCCACAACCCCACAGAGCACUUACACUACCACACCACCAUCUUCAUCUUUACACAGUCCCAAUGGUCAACACAACAUGUCAUUGUAUUAUGCAACAAAAAAAGCAAAUAUGCUCUUUCUUGAUGCUUGCAAAACUAUUGUUAUUUUUGUGGCUUUUUUUUUUUUUACAUUAUUUAGAAAAACAAGACAAUAUAAAGUAAUCUUAAAAACAAUACGUUUAUUCUUUUUUUGUUGCAUAAUUUAAAUAUGCUUGAUUUUGAUGCUGCAAAUAUAUUAUAUAUACAGUACAGUUUUAAAUCCAUAAAAAUACAUAGUUGUGUGUCACCCUCUGUUAGACCUCUCCAACAGGAACAUGAUUAUAUUUUGGCGGUGGUGGGGGGGGAACAAUAUAAAUGAAU